AUGCCCCCCCCUGCGCCCGGGGCCCGGCUCCGGCUCCUCGCCGCCGCCGCCCUGGCCGGCCUGGCCGUCAUCAGCCGAGGGCUGCUGUCUCAGAGCCUGGAGUUCAGCUCACCCGCGGACAACUACACAGUGUGCGAAGGUGACAAUGCCACCCUCAGCUGCUUCAUUGAUGAGCACGUGACCCGGGUAGCCUGGCUGAACCGCUCCAACAUCCUGUACGCGGGCAAUGACCGUUGGACCAGCGACCCCCGGGUUCGCCUGCUCAUCAACACACCGGAGGAGUUCUCCAUCCUCAUCACCCAGGUGGGGCUCGGGGACGAGGGCCUCUACACCUGCUCCUUCCAGACCCGACACCAGCCCUACACCACUCAGGUCUACCUCAUCGUCCACGUCCCCGCCCGUAUUGUGAACAUCUCCUCCCCUGUGGCGGUGAAUGAAGGAGGCAAUGUGAACCUUCUCUGCCUGGCUGUGGGAAGGCCAGAGCCCACGGUUACCUGGAGACAGCUCCGAGACGGCUUCACCUCAGAGGGCGAGAUCCUGGAAAUCUCCGACAUCCAGCGGGGCCAGGCCGGGGAAUACGAAUGCGUUACUCACAACGGGGUGAACUCGGCACCGGACAGCCGCCGCGUGCUGGUCACAGUGAAUUAUCCCCCGACCAUCACCGACGUGACCAGCGCGCGCACCGCCCUGGGCCGGGCUGCUCUCCUCCGCUGCGAAGCCAUGGCGGUGCCGCCUGCAGAUUUCCAGUGGUACAAGGAUGACAGGCUGCUAAGCAGCGGUUCGGCGGAGGGCCUCAAGGUGCAGACGGAGCGCACCCGAUCCAUGCUUCUUUUUGCCAACGUGAGCGCCAGGCACUACGGCAACUACACCUGUCGCGCAGCCAACCGGCUGGGAGCAUCCAGCGCCUCCAUGCGGCUCCUGCGUCCAGGAUCCCUGGAGAACUCAGCUCCGAGACCCCCAGGGCCCCUGGCCCUCCUCUCCGCCCUGAGCUGGCUGUGGUGGAGAAUGUAGAUGUCACCCAGGACAGCGCACCUCCCCCCAGCAGGGGCCUCGGGCCAGGAGAAAGGGAAAGGGGGUGAGCGAGCGCCACGGGUCUCGAGGGGGACAGAAGAGCUCUUAGCCACAGAGGAAGAGAGAAGAGGAGGAGGAAGGUCUUUUAGAGAACCCAUCACUGUGAGGGAUAACGCGAAAUUAUGCAUCUUUUACAGCCAUUCUCACCACCGUUCACGUUUCCAAUUGUGACCCACCCCCAGGCACCCCGAAACCCUCUCUUAGCUCAGGCUGUCAACUGGCUCGUGUGUGUGAGUGCGUAUGUCAUGUGUGUGAGUGAGUGUGAGUCUGCAUGUUGUGUACUGUGUGAAGGUGUGCUGGGGGAGGGAACCAGGGGACCUCCCUCUCUGGCACUCUCCCAUGGCCCCUGUCCAUUCCUGCCGCCUCUCUUCCUCUGGCUGGAGGUAGGUAUGGGGGCUUCAUGGUGGAAGCUUUGACAAGAAAUUGCCAGCUUUCCACCUUCCCAUAUAUGCACGAACACGUACCCCUCUCCUCCCUGUUGAAGGGGCAGGUGUGUGGGUGUCAGGUGUCACUCAGCCUUUGUGAACAAGUGGGGAUCUCCAUUACAGUUUCUUUCUCCCUGCUCCAUCACCAGUUGCCUGCAGCUGGAGGCCCCAUCACUGGCUCAGUGGCCUGAAGCCUCCCUUGCCCCAUUCCUCUCCCACCCUGAACUUUCUGGCCCCACUCCCGGGCCGAUCGGUGCUUCCAUUCAACUGAUAGGCUGGUGGCACUUGUCACCCGUCUGUCUCAGUGCUUUGUCCGCCCCCCACCCUCGACUCCCCUUGGCCACAGUGGCACCCUCCAGCAGCUCUCAGGCCCAUAAGCGUGGGCUCCCUGGCCACCCGCUUCCUGGCCUCUCAAUCCAUAGUACCUCCAAAGGCUGCUGUGACCACACACACACACACACACACACCACACACAUGCACGCACACACACCAGCGACUGACCAGCAAUAGCUCCCGGCUUCAGCUGCCCCAGAGCCUGUGACUAGCAGUAGUUCCUGCAGAGUGGGCCACUGUUAUCCGCAGAGGAAGCUGACAGGCUCUGGGCUUGAGAACACCCCACCCUGAUACACACCAGGCCUCACGGAGUUGGGGAGAGAGAGCAGACACUUAGACAUCCUGAGCCCAGGCAGAGGCACCAUGCCCCCAGCCCUAACUUCAGUAACCACACACCCAAAACCACACCACUCAGAGCCUGGUGAAGAUGAGGGCAGAGAAGGGCAGGGAGGCAAGGGGCAGUGACUGUACCUCAGACGGGGGCGUGGGCCCGAUCCCACAUUGUCUUCCAUUCCCAGGGUCCGGGAAGGGGUGGGGAGGGGGUGGGCUACCAGGGGAGGCGGGAGGGGGGCCCUGGGGGCCGUGUGUUCCGAUUCAUGGGGAGUGUUGAGACCACCGCACCAAUAAACGCCUUUUU